AUGCCGCCGUUCGUAGCCUCGCCGUCGCAGCCCGCCGUCGCAGCCUCGCCGUCGGCCGCCGCCCGCUCCCCGGCGCCGCGAGUUAAGUCCUCCGCUCCCCGGCCCUUCUUUCCUCCCCGCUCACGCGCACGCCGACGCGGCCUCGGCGCCGAUGCCGCCCUCGCCGACGCGCGCCUCACCGAGGCCGCCUCGCCGACGCCGCCUUGCCGACGCCGCCUCGCCGAGCCUCGCCGACGCCGCCUCGCCGCAGACGCCACGCCCAGACGCCCAGACGCCGACGCCGCCUCGCCGUUGCCGUCUGCUGGAUGCCGGCGCCCUUAG